CCGAGCGGCCCUUCCCCCACCUCCAUUUCCGCAUCCCUCCUUUUAAGUUCGAACCUCCAUUUCCGCAUCUCACACGAAUCGCACCGACCGCCGGGCGGAUGGGGCGCGACGGCAUGGACGCGUUCCCGGAAGGCGUCGUGCAGCACAUCCUCUCGCAGGUGAGCAACGCCCGCGACGUCGCGGCCUGCGCCGGCGUCUCCCGCUGCUGGCGCGACUGCGUGCCCUUCCUCCCGUCGCUCUACUUCCCGCGCGGCGCCUUCGACGCGGCGGGCGGCGGCGCGGGGGCGGCCGCGGACGACGCCAUCGGCCGGAUGGUCGGCGCCGCCGCGCGGCUCGAGGAGCUCGUCGUCUACUGCCCCUUCUCCACCGCGCUGCUGCCAAAGUGGCUCGCGGCGCGGAGCCCCACGCUGCGCGUGCUCGAGCUGCGGGUGGACUCUGCCGACGCCGACAAGUGGGACCACCUGGACUGCAUCGGGUUGGCCGCGGGCCUCGAGGAGCUGAGGUUGUGGGGGCUGACGAUGACGCGCGCACCUGCGUGGCGGCGGAUGGAGCGGCUCCGCGUGCUGGAGAUCGUUGGCGCCGUGCUCCAGGACACUGCGGUCAACGGCGCUGUCGCAGCGUGUCCCAACCUCACCGACCUCGCACUGCUCGGCUGCGAGUGCUCCGGCGAGGCGGUCAUCUCGCUCGCGCUGCUUGAUCGGUGCCGGCUCGACUUCGUUGGCUCCGGCAACCGCUCGCUCAGGCUCGCCGCGCCCCGCGUCGAGUCCCUUGAGGUCCAGGGCUUCAGCUGGAUCUCACUGCGAGGCGGCGACCGUCUCAAACAACUCACAAUCUCCAAGAACACUGGGAGUUUGUAUCAUGUCGAGAUGGGGAAGCUCCCGGAGUUGGAGCAGCUCUCGCUGCGCGGCGUCCAGUGGAGCUGGGGAGCCAUCCGUUCGGUGCUGCAGUGCUCGAGCGAGGUGAAGCACCUGGUGAUGAAGGUUGAGUUCUGUGGUGAUUUCGACACGCUCCAGCCGUUCCCGGAGGUCGACCUCGUAGAGUUCUUCAACAGCCACCCGAAGCUUCGCAAGUUUGAGAUCCACGGCGCCAUGUUCGCUGCGCUGUGCCAGAAGAACAGCUUGAAAAAUUUGGAUUCACGGUUCGUGAUGCCUUGCUUGGAGGAGGUCCUUGUCACCGUUCGCUCGCCUUUGAAUGCUGAGCAGAAGCUGAACACCCUCGAGUCCCUUGUCAGAUACAGCGUGAUGCUGCGUCGGAUGGUCAUUAGGAUCUCGCAGAUGAAGAAUUGCCAUGAGGCCUCUGAUGAUUUCUUCGAAGAUAUUUGCAAGUUCAUGUACAUGAAUAGCGGGAGAGUGUGCAUAGAGUAGAAGAGGUGCUGCUUAGUGCCAUUCUUGAGUGAGUUGCAACUUGAACCAACGCAAUUUUUUUACAUGCUGUUUGUUUAGGACAAUUUAUUGGAGAAUUUGCUGUGUUAUUUGUUGUUCAUACCGGCCUGGAAUGUAUCUGCAUUUCAGCACGCAUAGAAGUCACUUGGUUUUAUUUUUCAGUAGUCCAAGUUUUGUGCUUGGAAACUGCACUGUUCUUUGUUUCCUGAUGAAAUGUAAUGAACUGCUUAGGUUUGUUGCUGUACCUCUAACUAUGCUUGAUUUAAACAUUUGAUUCAUUGACUAGC